AUGUACAUAAAUAGUCAACCUAGCAGUCUUCUCAGCGCUUUACCACCAUUGCUCACUGAACACGAUUUGGAUAAGAUGUCGGAUCAUGUAUUUGAAAUUUACGAUUUUGAUGGAACAGGAAAGCUGACAUUCGAGGAAUUUGCUGAAGCUUAUAUGAUGCUCACUCAUUAUCCAGGUAUAUCGACAAAUGGUGUUACAUUUCGUGAUCGAUUUAACUACAUCUUGGAUCAAGACAACCCAACACCAAAUUUUAUCACACGUAAACAAGGUGAACGGGUGUUCAAUCGUCUCAAUAGAUAUAACAAGCCAGUUUGGAUAAAUUCGAAAGGCACAACAUCCGCUGACACGUCAAAACCGGUAACUAAUAGUUGGGAAUCGCAUUGGAGCAAACUGGAUGAUGGUAGUGAUCGGUAA